CCAAGCAUGGGUCGUCAGAAGAUAGAGAUCAAGAGGAUCAAUUGUGACACUUCUCGACAGGUCACUUUCUCUAAACGCCGAUCAGGACUCUUUAAGAAGGCCAGUGAGCUCUGUACUCUUUGUGGUGCCGAGAUAGCCAUUCUUGUCUUCUCACCUGCAGGUAAGGUCUUCUCCUUCGGCCACCCUAGUGUGGAAUCCAUCAUUGAUAGGUUCCUUACAGAAAACAAUCUGCCAACGGAAGCCGCUGCGUUGCCUCUUGUGGACGCUCACUGUGGAGCUAGUGUUCGUGAGCUCAACCAACAGUACACACAAGUGCUCAACCUAAUGGAAAUCGAGAAGAAGCGAGCUGAGACACUUUACCAAUCGACCCCAGAAGCAAAGCAGGGCGACCCAUGGUGGGAAGCACCCAUUGAAAAUAUGGGAUUGCUUGAGCUUCAUCAAUUGAAGGCUUUUAUGGAGGAACUUAAGAAGAAUAUGAAGAAACGUGUUGAUGAGCUUGUGGCCACUGAUACCCUAAAUCCAAAUUAUGCUUCUUCAAUCAUCCCUUAUGGAGAUGGUUAUGGUUUUAGUUUUGGACGUGGUCUUAUCUGA